UGUAUUUCUUAUAAAACGGUCAAGUCUCCGCGAACACAACAACUAGAAAGAGGUUGUUGCUGCCGCAAAAGUUUUUUUUCGAUAUUUCGCUCUAUUUUUUCAAAUCGAUUUUCCUUGCUGUUGUAUUGUUUUUAGUGUUUAAAUUGGGGGAGAAGGAAGAAGCUGCCUUCAAAAUACACAAAUGAAUAGAUUUAAAUUGAUUUAAGAGUGAUUUAAAAAUAAACCAGAAACAAAAUAAAACAUAUUCAAAAAUAAAUUAAAAAUUUGAAAAAUAAAAAAAAAAAACAAUAAAUCGGAAACUAUUAAUUUUGUUUGAUUGGGUUGUCGCCAUUAUGCAUUUUACCAAAUAUUUAAGCUUUUUAACAUUGGCCUGUCUGGCCGUUUUGACAUUUUAUACUACCCCCUCUAUGGCCUGCUCCUGUAUGCCGGCUCAUCCUCAAACCAGCUAUUGCAAUGCAGAUUAUGUUGUGGUUGUACGUGUCCUGCGCAAAUCUACACGUUUGGUUAAACAUCAAGCCGCCUAUAAAGUGGAAAUAAAAAAAUCCUACAAGAUGACACCCGAAGGUCAUAAAACUUUGAGACAUGGUCGUGUACUUACACCGCUUGAGGACAGUAUGUGUGGUGUUAAUUUGAUUUUGGGCAAAUUGUAUGUUAUAGCCGGUAGGGGAUCUCAAUUGAGUUUAUGUAAUUAUGUCAAAGAGUAUCAGAAAAUGAGCAUUAUAGAGAGAAAAGGAUUCUCGGGUGUUUACCGUAAGGCGUGUGCUUGUGAGGUUAAAACCUGUUUUGGCAAUAGCUGCUUGGUUCAUUCGGAAACCGACACCGGUUGCAAAUGGUCUCCAAUGGCUAAGUGUGAAACUGAGUUUAGUGCUUGCAUGCCUUCAACAUAUCGUACACCCGAGGGACCUAUUCGACAAUGUCGUUGGAGAAGAACGCCUUUAUACGAUGAAUGCAUGUCAAAUCCAUGAUUUCGUUUUUUUGAGGAAUUUACAGUGUCAUAUAUUUUAAUAUACCGUUGUAUUUUGUAAAUUUUUCUCGAAUUAAAUUAUUAAUUUAUGUUCUAGUUUUAAGUUAAAUUAUGUAUAUUUACUGUUAAAAUAUUUUUAAGUUUAAUUAAGCUUGUUUUAAUCACAAAUUGAUUUCGAUAUUCAUAAAUGUUUAAUAACUAUUUAUGGUUAAAAAAAAGAGAAAUUUUCUAACAUAAAAGUCCUUAAUAAACCAUUGAUAACUAUAUGAUUAACGGAUUUGAUUUGUAAUUUAUAUAAUCUAUAUAUAUUUUAUCUCUGUUAAAUAAACCUAUAAAAUUCAAAU